UUCUGUAGAUCAAUAAAACAAAAAAGACAAAAAAAAUGUCGACUGCUCAUACCAUAACCAUCACUCUCUUCAUCACAACAACACUACUAGUGUCCUCAAACGCCAAACCACUUUUUCCAGCGAUUUUCAUCUUUGGCGAUUCAACGGUUGACACAGGCAACAACAAUUUCCCUUCACAAACAAUCUUCAGAGCUAAACAUGUUCCUUACGGUAUUGAUUUCCCAAGCCACUCACCAAACGGAAGAUUCUCAAACGGAAAAAUUUUCUCCGACAUAAUCGCAACCAAACUCAACAUCAAACAGUUUGUGCCUCCUUUCUUACAACCAAAUCUCACUGACCAAGACAUCGUGACCGGAGUCUGUUUUGCAUCAGCAGGUGCCGGUUACGAUGACCAAACCAGUCUCAUCACACAAGCGAUUCGUGUCUCGGAACAACCAAAUAUGUUCAAGAGUUACAUUGCUCGUCUUAAGAGUAUCGUAGGAGACAAGAAAGCUAUGAAGAUCAUAAACAAUGCUUUCGUGGUUGUGAGUGCAGGGCCUAAUGAUUUCAUCUUGAAUUAUUACGAUGUUCCCUCAUGGCGCCGCGUGUAUCCUAGCAUUUCUGAUUACCAAGACUUUGUGCUUCAUAGGCUUAACAAUUUCGUGCGGGAGCUUUAUAGUCUAGGUUGCCGGAAAUUUUUGGUUGGAGGUUUACCGCCAAUGGGAUGUUUACCGAUUCAAAUGACUGCACAAUUCCGCAACGUCCUAAGGUAUUGCUUGGAACAAGAAAACAGAGACUCUGUUUUAUACAAUCAGAAACUUCAGAAGCUCUUACCUAAGAUCGAAGCAUCACUUACAGGAAGCAAGAUUCUUUACUCUAAUGUCUAUGAACCUAUGAUGGACAUGAUCCAAAACCCUAGCAAAUACGGGUUUACAGAGACGACGAGAGGAUGCUGUGGAACAGGGUUCUUGGAGACAAGCUUCAUGUGUAAUGCUUAUUCUCCUUUGUGUCAGAAUCGCUCGGAGUUUCUGUUCUUUGACUCGAUACAUCCAUCGGAAGCUGCCUAUAGUUACAUUGGCAACGUUCUUGACGCUAAGAUACGUGGGUGGCUUAGGGGUUAAGUCAUCACGAUUUGCAGAAUGGAAACAAAUUAUUUGUUUCAUAAUGCCACUAUUUGUGGAUUUAUCGUUUCUUAAUCAACUAAAACUUUGGCUCUUACUGAAGCUUUAAAUUU